GCUCUCGCCUCUCACCAUGAUCCUCUCCACUAUCGCCCCCCUGUUGCUGCUUCCUUAUGUCGCCGCUGGCGGCGUACACAAGCUCAAGCUUAAGAAGCUACCGCCAGUGUCCAGCAAUCCCGCUUUAGAGAGUGCAUACCUCGCAGAGAAGUAUGGCGCACAAUCUCCAGCACAGAUGCCCCUUGCGGGCUCAGGUGGUGCAGGACGUCGCAUUCGCCUCGCGCGCCCCGGGGAGAACGAAGAGGACUUGUAUUGGACUCAAAGAGAGCAAGUCCUGAAUGGCGGACAUGGCGUUCCUCUCACUAAUUUCAUGAAUGCCCAGUAUUACACUGAGAUCGAUAUCGGGACUCCGGCUCAAACAUUCAAGGUCAUACUGGACACCGGUUCGAGUAACCUCUGGGUGCCAAGCACGCAGUGCACAUCAAUCGCUUGCUUCCUUCACACCAAAUAUGACUCUUCGUCGUCGUCGUCAUACAAGGCCAACGGUUCUGCAUUUUCAAUCCAGUAUGGCUCCGGUUCCAUGGAAGGCUUUGUCUCCCACGACCACCUGAAAUUCGGUGACUUGCUGAUUAAGGAGCAAGCCUUUGCGGAAGCUACCAAAGAGCCCGGUCUUGCCUUCGCCUUCGGCAAGUUCGAUGGUAUAUUGGGUCUAGGAUACGAUACCAUCUCAGUCAACCACAUCACUCCUCCGUUUUAUGAGAUGGUCAACCAGGGCUUAAUCGACGAGCCCGUGUUCUCCUUCCGCUUGGGCUCUUCAGAGGAAGAUGGCGGCGAGGCCGUGUUCGGUGGUAUCGAUACAAGCGCCUACACUGGCAAGAUUGACUACGUACCCGUUCGCCGCAAGGCCUACUGGGAGGUAGAGUUAGAGAAGGUUUCUUUUGGCGACGACCAACUCGAGCUGGAGAAUACCGGUGCUGCCAUUGAUACUGGCACUUCUCUCAUCGCUCUUCCUACCGACGUUGCGGAAAUGCUUAACACGCAAAUCGGUGCCAAGAAGUCUUGGAAUGGCCAAUACACGGUUGACUGUUCCAAGGUCCCCGCCCUGCCUGACCUCUCUUUCUACUUCAACGGCAAGGCGUACCCGUUGAAGGGCACUGAUUACAUUCUCGAAGUACAAGGAACGUGCAUUUCCGCAUUCACUGGCCUCGAUAUCAAUCUGCCCGGAGGUGCACUGUGGAUCAUCGGUGAUGUCUUCCUUCGCCGCUACUUCACUGUCUAUGAUCUCGGAAGAGAUGCUGUCGGUUUCGCAACAGCUGCAUGAUUCUCAUGAACCCUUUAUGAUGUUGACAUCGUGGCGCCAGUCUCCCUGUACUAAGUACCCUGUCUCAGGAUCCUGGGUACUAGAUGGAUACGAUACCGUUGUACAAUAUAACGCCUCUUGCCUCAUAAUGUUCACCAGUCUUCAUCACAAUGUUCUUUUCCGUUAACAAUUAUAAGAUUGCCACGAUCU